UCUCUCUCUCUCUCCCCCCCUCUCUCUCUCUAGAAAAAGGGCCUCGCAUAUAUUUAUAUAUGAAGUUUGGGCAUUGAUGGUUUGUUUCUGUUUUCUGGUGGAUCAGAAGAGCGUGGUGCGGCGAAGCAAGCCGGUGGCGGGGACGUGCUCGCGGUGCCGGCACGGCGCCACGGUGGCGGAUAUGAAAACUCUGACGAGGUUUUGUUACAUCCCAUUUUACUGCAAGUCUUGGAAAGCUAUCGUAUGUAGUUUUUGUGGGAGUAUUCUUAAAUCUUACAACACCUGAUUGUUUCAUUCUUCGUCGAAAUUUACAGUGCACAGAUUCAUCAGCCUUUCUUUAAUUUAAUUUAAUUUCUCCAUGUUUUGUAAUUAUAUUGUAUUAUUAUAUUGAUGUAUUAUAUUUUUUUAUUUUCCUUUUCUUUUUUGAAAUUCAAAGUUGUUGGAGUUUUGACACGGUGUAAUUAAGAGCUAUUUAUUUAAUUUAACUAAUUUAUAAUAUUUGUGCUGUAAUAUUCAAGCCAAGCAUCUUGAUGU